UCCCGCAGGGAUGGGAGUGGCCCCAGUACACAAGCUGGGCCCGGUGCGGCGCACGUUCCCGGAGCGCCCCUGCGCGGAUCCUAGGCGCCUCCUCCGCGCGCCAGUGUCGCCUUGGAGCCUGAAAGGGCUAGGCUCCGACUGUCUCCGAGAGCCAGACGCGUACGCGACACAGGGACCAAACCACCUUGGGGACAAGCAGAUAAUUAGACUCCCGCCCAGGGGCUGCUGGAACAUGUGCCCGGGGACACAGGUGCGGCGCCGGGAGGCGAGGGGAGGAGUGGGAGAGUCACCCGGAGAGGAGACGGUGUCUCAACGGUGGCAUUCCAGCACCUAGCUGCCUGUCAGCGCUGGCGAGAGUUGCGUCUACCUGGGCCAGUGUCCGGAUCUCUCCUCCGCAGAUUCCGGUUUGACAGUUGCUAGACUAUGUUUCCACUUCUGAUCGUACUCAGCCAGCUGCCCAGACUUACCCUCGCAUUUCCUCUUUGUACCAGAAGCCUAAAGGAUUCAGAACAUGCCCCAGAAGAAGUCUUUGCAUCAAAAGAAGCAGCGAGCAUCUUCAUGCACCGCCGUCUCCUGUACAAUAGGUUUGAUUUAGAACUCUUCACUCCUGGGGACCUGGAGAGAGAGUGCUAUGAGGAGUUUUGCAGUUAUGAAGAAGCCAGAGAGAUUUUGGGGGAUGAUGAAAAUACGAUCACAUUUUGGCAGGAUUAUUCAGUUAAAGGGCCAACCACAGGAUCAGAUGUUAACAAAGAGAAAUUCGAUGUUAUGAGCCUUCUGACUGGGUUGACUGUCGCUGGCGUGUUCCUAGUUGUUUUCGGCUUACUUGGCUACUAUCUAUGUAUCACCAAGUGUAACAGGCGGCCAUAUCCGAGUUCUUCAGCCAUCUACACAAGAACAGCCAGACACACGCCCUCCAUCAUUUUCAGAAGCCCUGAGGAAACUGUCUUGUCUCUGUCGCCAUCUUCAGAGGAUGCAGGGCUACCUUCCUAUGAACAGGCAGUGGCACUGACCAGAAAGCACAGCAUCUCGCCACCACCUCCCUAUCCUGGGCCUGCAAAAGGAUUUAGGGUAUUUAAAAAGUCUAUGUCACUCCCAUCUCACUAAUCCUACCUGGCUGCCUCGCUGGAAGACAUUCGUUCAUAUGGUUGAAUAAUUUAUUCUCCCUGAAGUAAAAAAGGUCUGCUUGUUCAGCUUUUUAUGACGCACGGAAAGGAAUUAAGGAAUGAUACACAGAGCAGAAUUCACCACAGCUCUGCUUUCGUCUCGGACCUGAACUGGAUUGCUGGCAUCUUGGUAAGAAACUUCAUCUCCAUUACCUUGAAGUUAAGAAGAAAGUGCCUUUUGCAGCAUAUACUACUGUACUGGUUCAAAACCCUUUGCUGUAGUUGGAUAAUGUGGUAUGAGCCUACAAACACUCAGGAGGCUUAGAGAGAUGAGAGCUCACCCUGUCUCAAAACACAGUUUGCUAUUGGUAGAAUAAUUAGAAUUAGCCAAAAGGAACUGUCAGUCUUAGAUCAUGAGAUUGGUCUUCUCUUCCUUAGGAUUUCUUUUUUGACUGAAAAUAAUCAUACAAUUUGAUGCUUGCUGUAAAUCUGUUCUAAUUAGUGCAGAGCAUUCAUCAAAUUUGCAGGUCUUAUUUUUCACUAUCAAUCACAGUUCCAUGGAGUCAAGAGGUUUCGUUUGUUUUUGUUUUUUUUAAAAAAAAUAGUAUUCAUGGGCUAAGAAGAUGCCUCACUUGGAAAGUGCUUGUCAUGCAAAUAUGAGGACCUGAGUUCAAUCCUCAAUACUCGUUCAUGUUUGAAGCAAACAAACAACAACAACAAACAAAAGAAGCAAACAAACAAACAAAUUGGAGUCCUUGGGUGCACACCUGAAAUCUCGGCACUGUAGGAGGGGACUCAGGAGAACCUCUGGGGCUGGUGGCUAGCCACACGAGCUGAAUCAGGAACCUCCAAGUUCAGUGAAAGACUCUGUCUCAAAAAUUAGGUAGAGCUAGUAAGGUAGGUGAAUGCCUUUAAUCCCAGCUCAAGAGGCAGAGAUCUCUGUGAGUGAGUUCAAGGCCAGUCUUCUACAUUGUGAGUUCCAGGACAACUACAAAGUCUGCCUCAAAAAAAAAAAAAAAAAAAACCAAGACGGGGAAGUAGUGGUACAUGCCUUUGAUCACAGCACUCAGAAGGCAGAGGCAGAAAGAUGUCUGUGAGUUCGAGGCCAGCUUCGUCACAGAGCUAGUUCUAGGACAGCUAGGGCUACACAAAGAAACCCUGUCUCAAAAACCAUUAAAAAAAAAAAAAAAGGUGGAAAGCAAUUGAAGAAGAUACCAGUAUCAACUUCUGACCUCUACAUGCACAAGCUCACAUGCGUGUACAUACAUGCACAUAAUAUUGAGCUAGAAGUUUAGUAAUAGAAUGGAAUGGUAGAGGCAAGUGGUUGAACAUUUGCUUCAUAUGCAUGAGGUCCCGGGUUUGAAGUCCCUAGCAGUAUCAACUAAAGUCACCAGAAAACCUUUGCAUCUUAUGUGCACAGGUGAGGUUUUGUUGUUGCUGUUGCUAUUGCUGUUGUUGCUGUUGUUGUUGUUGUUGUUGAUCUGUUUGUUGGUGUCUAUGUGUGUAUUUGUGUGUGUGUCUGCCACGCACACAUAUGAUUGAACCAAAACAUAUAUGCUAAACACACGCUGUACAACUAAGCCAAACUCUCAGUCUCCUUGUUUCUCCUAGUACAUCUUAACACACAGAAAACACAUCACAGUCUUAACGGAUACUUAUCAUAAUCAUAAAAAUGGUCAACUCUUCCUUAAGACUGUAGAAGAGCUCAGUGGAAAAACCCAUGCUUAGCAUAUGUGCAAGAACCUGGGUCAGAUCCCCAGCACCAAAACAAAACAAAAACGUAGCAGAGUAUUGUGGGACCGUGAAAGGUGGCGUGGUCCCCGGUUUAUAAAGUUAGAUUUCAAUCCUGCUCGUAUUUGAUGAGUACACCCUAGUUAAGUAUCUAGAAAGUCCACAUCGUAUUGCAGUGUGUGCGGAUGUGAGCGUACGAGUCUUUUAUGGCAUUGUAAUCUGCGGGACCUGGUAUAACAUAGCAGCAGUCUCAAUGCUUAGGAGGCAGAGGCAUAAGGAUCACAAGUUCGAGGCCAGCCUAGGCUACACACUUGGUUCAAGGGUCACCUGGAAUAAUCAGUGAGAUUUUGUCUCAGAUAAAACAGAACACAAGACAGCAUCAUCUUCAUGAAGACAGAUAAAAGGAAGACAUUAGUUGUCAGAGACUGGCAAAGCUUUAUCCUUUUACAUUUUCAGGCUCGUUGGCUGCUUGUCACAAAUAGAUCAUCUACCAACACUUCUAUGUAAUUAGAAGUGUGUUUAAGCCUCCCAUAUUACCCCUGAAGUUCUUCUGUUCUUCAUGACUUCAGUCCACCGCACCUUUUCCAUUAUAACUGCGUAUAUGCUUUGCAAGUAUUUUAAUUCUCUUUUCAAAAGGUUACUAGGACUGACCGCUCGCUUUGUAAUAAUCAGAGUUACAGCAUAACUUGUCUGAACUCCAUUUGGUUGGUAAGAGCUGGGUUUGACAUGAGUGAGUCCAUGUGUCUAGUCCCAUCGCAUACUUUACAGAAUUAUACUUAGGACAAGUAGAGAUUUAAAAAGGUAGGAGGGGUGGAGAGAUUUUUUUUUUCCUGUGGUUAAAAAGCAUAUGCUGCUCUUCUAAGGGGCCCGUUUGUACCCAAGGACUCACAUUGGGCUCCUCACAACCAACUAUAACUCCAUCUCCAGGGGGAUCCAGUGCCUUCUUCCGGUCUUUGCAGGCACCUACACUCAUGUGGCACACACAUACACACACACACACACACACACACACACACACACACCCAUUAAGAAUAUAGUUUUUUAAUUUUUGUUUUAUUUUGGUUUUUUAAAGCAGGGUUUCUCCACACACCUAUGGCUGUCCUGGAACUCACUAUGUAAAUCAGGUUGGCCUCAAACUCAAAGAUCCACCUGUCUUGCCUCCCAAGUGCUAAUAUUAAAGAUAUAAGGUAUGCACCACCACCCCUGGCUUUAAAUAUAUAUAUGUAAAGUGUGUCUUCUUUUAAAUUUACAGUGCUGGAGAUCAGAGCUAGGGCCUUGCUCAUGUUGGAAAAAGCCCUACCCCUGAGCUACACACACUUCCAUAUCCCAUAUCUUUUACCGAAUCCUAAUUUGAAAUGUUGUAUUGACUCUAUGAGUCUAACCACAAAGUUAGCUUCAGGACCUGUGACAACCUCACGUUGUCCCACUAGCAACCUUACCUUGGUCAACUACCCUAACUUGAAGGGAUCUCAAACUGUGAAGUCACUGGUCGGCACCAGUGUUGGUGUCCUGAUACUUUGAACACAAGAAGAAAAAUGUAACAGAACCGUUGUUAACAAGCACCUGGAGACUGAAGGGAAAUUUCUCAAUGUAAAGGCGCUGGUGCGGAUCCUGUUUCGCUAACCUCCUUCUUUCCUGUGGUGUUUUGGGUGUUGAGUUGUCCCACGUGAUUACUGUAGGGCUUUUUAGUUUGUUGUUUUGUUUUUGCUUCUCUGGGGGAUGGAUUGGUGCUAAACAUCAAAUCUGUUUUCAUGUAGGUUUUAUACAUGACUAGACCAGUUUUUCUUUCCAUUACAAUUGGGACAUGAAUGGAAUAUGGCUCUAAUUAGAUUUUAAAGAAAAAAGGCACUGUUAUAAAACUCUGCAUUUGGUAGGGCAAAAAAGAGCACAGGCUUCGGCUAUGGGAGUUUGGCAUCUGUUAAUAAUAUGCUCCUGAGGAAGGAGAGUGGGGAGGGAAGCACUAAGAACAAUUCAAAGCUGCAGAGGAACAUGGUCUUCUCUUCACCCUCAGACUUUUUCCUUUUGUGUGAUGGUGUUGGUGUUGGGCAACAAACCCAAGGUCUUGUCCAUGCCAGACAAGCACUCGAGCAGGGGUUUGUAUUAAUAUCCUCUUCUCCUUGCAUUAGUCUCCAAAUUCUAAUCAGAUUUCUUUUUCUAUUUCUCAGAUCAUUUAUUUGUGUGUAUACUCCUCCUAAGUGUAAAAGAGAAUUUUAAUGCUUAGCCAAAGCUCGUGUUACUCAUGGCAUCUUUGUUUUAAUUAAAUGUGAGUUAAAUUCUACUGGUCAUUUGAUCUGAAAUGUUAUGUAUGACACAUAUGCUAUUAGAGGGUAUUUCCAUAUUUUUUUUAAAAACUAGAUUGUUGGAGACAGGCAUGGUAAUGUAGGCCCAGAAUACCAGUACUUGAGAAACCAAGACAAGAAGAUUGAUACAGAUUAAAGGCCAGCCUUGGUACAGAAUAAGACUUCAUCUAAGAAAGGGAGGAAGAAAGAAAGAAAGAAAGAAAGAAAGAAAGAAAGAAAGAAAGAAAGAAAGAGAGAGAGAGAGAGAGAGAAAGAAAGAAAGAAAGAGAGAAAGAGAGAAAGAGAGAAAGAGAAGGGAAGGAAGGAAUUGAGGGAGGGAAGGAAAGAAAGGAACAAAGAAAGAAAACCAAAGCCAACAAACAAAAUAUUAUAUUGGGUUGAACCAUGGCUAAAUGUAUCCUUAGCUUACACAGACACCUGGGUUUUAUCCCCAACACCAAGUGAAAAGUUUAAGCUGAAGAGAUGGUUCAGUGAGUAAAGACAUUUUCCGCCAUAGUUGAAGGAACAAACUUAUUCCUGCAAACUAGUCUCUGGUGACUUUGACAUGCAUGCAGGGACACAUCUACCUUCACCACUUUCCAAUAAGUAAAUAAAUGCAAUUGUUUUUUUAAUUAAAAUAAGAUAAAAUAAAAGUUAUUACCUUUUGUAGGUACUGUCUCUGGUCAUCUAAAACAUGUAUGCUAUAUGUUGAUGCCUUCGGUCUGAUGGAUUGUAUUUCUUCCAUGUUUUGGGUUUACAAACAUUUCCUUACAGUUUGAAGAUAACCAGUACAAAUGUAUCAGUAUUUGUAUUAUUUGCAAACAACAACCCAUUUUUUAAUGCAUAGCUUUCCUAAAAUAUAACUGUGUUUCUAUUUUAAUGAACUUCUUGUUACAUUUGCCUUUUAUACACGUGAAUAAACUUUAUAUUAAGUAAUA